UUCGCGGUUUUUUUUUUUUGAGAGAAGAAAAUGAAAGCAAGACGCGCGUUACACUUUGUCUUCAAAGUCGGCGACCGAGCUCAGACCAUCCGUUUCUACCGAGAGCUACUGGGCAUGCGCGUCCUAAGGCAUGAAGAAUUUGAAGAAGGCUGCAAGGCCUCGUGCAAUGGCCCCUAUGAUGGCAAAUGGAGUAAAACUAUGGUGGGCUAUGGUCCGGAGGAUGAUCACUUCGUUGCAGAGCUAACUUACAAUUAUGGUGUGGGGAGUUACCACCUUGGCAAUGAUUUUCUGGGGAUGACUGUGACAUCUAGCCAGGCUGUGCACAAUGCCAGAAAACUGCAGUGGCCACUGAAGGAGAUCUCAGCAGGUGUCUAUGAAACAGAAGCCCCAGGAGGAUAUAAGUUCUUCCUGGAAGACAAAGAGCAACCCAAAGAAGAUCCGGUGCUCAAGGUGACUCUGGCUGUGUCCAGCCUGCCGAAAUCCGUGGAUUACUGGUCCAAGUUGCUGGGCAUGAAAGUGUUUGAGAAGGACGAAGGCAAGCAGAAAGCUCUGCUUGGCUACGCCAACAACCAGUGUAAACUGGAGCUGCAGGGCAUUGGCCGUGCGGUGGACCACAGUACAGCCUUUGGACGAAUUGCCUUCUCUUGCCCGAAGGAAGAGUUACCUCAUAUUGAAGCCUUAAUGACAAAGGAGAAGCAGAAGAUUUUGACGCCACUUGUGAGCCUGGACACACCCGGCAAGGCAACAGUGCAAGUUGUUAUCUUGGCCGAUCCUGACGGCCAUGAAAUAUGCUUCGUUGGGGACGAGGCCUUCCGGGAACUUUCCAAGGUGGACCCAAAUGGCGAGAAGGUCUUGGAUGGGGCAAUGGCGGCCGAUAAAAGCCACGAGUGGUUUGCCGAACACAACCUUGCCAAGCCUUCGGCGUAACUCACAGGGAUCUGCUGACGCUCGGUUCCCACUGGCCUGGCAAGCAGGAAGAGUAGAUCCCACCUUCAUGGUAUUGCCUGAUUCCUUUCUUUUCGGUGCUUGCUUCCUGUCUCCUCCUGGACUUCUUCUGCCUCUUCUGGGUCCUGCGGCAUUUCGCAUUGGGGGUCCGUGCGUGUUCCAGCUAACGCAACACGGGCCCCCCACCAGACCCGAUUGUGGCUACGUCUCUCGGCUUGCUGGCGUUUUGCAUGCUUCCUUUUUGCAUUCAGCCGAGAAGGCCCCAGAUUGUUGAACCAUGGCCAGGAAAUUACCCAAACUGGCUGCAGUUGAGACCUCGACCUGCCCAGGCCUGCAUGUUAGAACGGAGGUUCUUUUUCCAGACCCUUGAUAAUUCCAGCAAAUCUACAUUCCACUUGGCUAAAUGUAGCUUGAACUUUGAGUGGGCAGACAAUGCCACAUUUCGGGGGGUGGGGGGCAUUGAUUCAAUGUGGCAUAUCCCCAGCCUGACUGUAAAGAGGGCAGGGCCUUGAUUGCACGGUUACAGCUGCCAUCAUGACUUUUUUGACCCCCAUGCCCAUCUCAGCCUUUUCUUUCUCCCCCACCCUCCCCCAAGCAUUAGUACGUGUUCCAUCAAACUCAAGAUUUACAAACAAUACAGCUAGCUCAAAGAAGACACACACACACACACACUAAACCUGAUUUAGAGGCCAGCUGGGGACGAAAAACUGCUGCUGAGAAUUGCACUGCUUGUCAAAUGUGAGAUCUGUGGAAUA